AUGUACGCAGGAAGCAAGGCAGCUUCGCGCUGGUGGAGUCUGCUGACGGGCAGAGAGACCAGCAUCCUGUUGCUGGGCUCCUUUGUCUUCACCGCCAGCCUUGGCAUCACGGAGGGUCCCGAGGUCGUCUUCUUUAAGGAUUACUUCGGCUUCACUCAGAGUGAUAUGUCUGAUCUUUUGCUUGUGACCAGUAUCUCGGCACUGGUCCUAACACCUCUGCUGCCUACACUCCUCGAAUACGUGGGCGAGACGCGAGGCUGCAUGCUAGGCUGCAUUGGCGUUGGGUUUACCACCCUUUUCCUGAUCCUGGGAGUGGGCAUCCGCUGGGUGCCGGCAGCUGCGGCAGGCCUGUCUGUUGGCUUCUUCGGGUCAAUCUCUGGCCUGGGCUACAUGGCGUUGGUUCACUACCACGUGCAACCGGAUCGCCUCGGCAUGUUCUUGGGCAUCAAGUCCUUCGUAGAUGGUGCUGCGGGAGCCGUGUCGCCCGCUGCCGGUGGGUUCAUCUACACGAGGGGCCACUUCCUUCCCUAUGGCCUUACGUGUGGACUCUGUGUUGUAACCGCCGCCAUCUUCGCGAGCCUUACCCCGUUCAAAGACAAGGGGAAGGACAAGGGGCUGACCUUCGACUCAGAGACGGUGCCAAUGAUUGGGAAGGACAAGGAUAUUGAGUCCGAUGACGAGGAUGGGCUUCCGAUAGCACACUUCAUGUCCGAGAACCUGCAGUUCAGCAAGAACAGCUUGCUAAAGCUGAUGACGAAUGAAAUUGGCAUCCUCAUGCACGAUGACCAACUCAAGAGCUUGUUCUAUGCGCAGAAUGACCACGGAAGAAAGGGAUUUAGUCGAUGUGCUACCAUGCACGUCGACAACUUCGCGAAGGCAGCCGCCGGCCAGGAGAGCGUCCGGAGGCUCCGGCAGCUGCGUGGUGCGAAGACGACGGAGCUGCUGCCGCCAGACCCCACACCUCCGCCGUGGCCACAGCUUCGGAAGAGAUCCUGUUCGAUUGCACAUGCCGGCUAA